AUGGACCCGCCCCUGAACCUAUCCACCCCCUUCCCCAGCCCCUUCCCCAGCCUCUCCCCGACGGAGAGCAACAGUAGCCUGGGCCCGGGGGACCCCCCUCCCGGCCUCCCCAGCCCCUCGACCUUCCAGGAGCUCGCGCUCGUCUUCCUGGGGGUCCUGGGCGCGGCGACGUUCGCCUGGAACCUGUUGGUCCUGGCCACCAUCCUCCGCGUGCGCACGUUCCACCGCGUCCCGUACAACCUGGUGGCGUCCAUGGCCGUGGCCGACGUGCUGGUGGCGCUGCUGGUCAUGCCGCUGAGCCUGGUGCACGAGCGCGCCGGCGGCCGCUGGCGCCUGGGCCGCCGCCUGUGCCAGCUGUGGGUGGCGUGCGACGUGCUCUGCUGCACGGCCAGCAUCUGGAACGUCACGGCCAUCGCGCUGGACCGCUACUGGUCCAUCACGCGCCACCUGCGCUACACGCUGCGCCUGCGCAGGCGCGCCUCCAACGCCAUGAUCGCGCUGGCCUGGGCGCUGUCCGCGGUCAUCUCGCUGGCGCCGCUGCUCUUCGGCUGGGGCGAGAUGUACUCGGAGCAGCGCGAGCGCUGCCAGGUGAGCCGCGCGCCGUCCUACGCCGUCUUCUCCACCGUGGGCGCCUUCUACCUGCCGCUCUGCGUGGUCCUGUUCGUGUACUGCAGGAUCUACCGCGCCGCCAAGUUCCGCCUGGCGCUGCGCAGGAGCCGCCGCAUCACGCCCAUCCCCGGCGCCUUGGAGAUGAAGACCUCGUCCCCGAAGCCCCCGCCGCUGUUCACCUCGCGCCACGCGCCCGGGCCGCCGCCGCCGCCCGCGGGGGACACCUGGCGGGAGCAGAAGGAGCAGAAGGCGGCCCUGAUGGUGGGCACCCUCAUCGGCGUGUUCGCCUUCUGCUGGUUCCCGUUCUUCACGGCCGAGCUGGUGGGCCCGCUGUGCGCCUGCGAGCUGCCGCCCGUCUGGAAGAGCGUCUUCCUGUGGCUCGGCUACUCCAACUCCUUCUUCAACCCCCUCAUCUACACGGCCUUCAACAAGACCUACAACAGCGCCUUCCGGAGCUGCUUCUGCAGGCAGGCGGCGGCCUAGGCCGCGCCCCGCAGAGGCCCAAGGGCUACAGGGCUCCGGCCCAGGCCGCGUGCCGCCCACCCCGCGCGGGAGGCGCCCACGCCGCCGACUCAGUGCUACCCCGCCAAGUGCCCUUCCCUCCCCACAGCCCACCCCAGCCGCAGGAGUCAGACGAGGCCCAGGACGGACGUCCAGGUGGGCAGCUGGCGAGUGGACAGGACCCCAGAGAAUAAGGAGUGGCCAUGGGACGUGGUGGAGGGACCCCCGUGUCGCCUUUCCUGGGCUGGCCCCUGUUUCCGUUACUCUGCCGUCAUCGGUGUCUAGCUGUGCAACACUGUCCACCCUACUCACACACAUCUCCCGGGGGGUCAGGGCCACACACAGCGGGGAGGGCGCUUGCCUUGCUCGCAGCCAGCUGGGGUUUGAUCCCGGCACCCCGCAGGGUUCCCCGAGCACUGCCAGGAGUAACCCCUGAGCACUGCCGGGUGUGACCCCAAAAAGCUUAUAUGAUUAAGGGCUAUGUUUGCAGCAACACACACACACAUCACACACAUACAAUAUGCACAUCUGUGGCAGAAUUACUAAUCAAGUUUAUCCUGAGAUGCAGCCCACAACUUGGAGUAAGAGCUAAGAGGGGGACAAGAGGGCUAAAGCGGGGUUUGAGGCGCUGCCUUACACACACCGGCCUCGGUUCAACCCCAGCACAGACUACGGACUCCUGAGCACUGCCACCAGGGAGCUUAGCACCACUGGGUGCGGCCCAAAGCAAAAGCCAAAAGGUCUAAAAACAAAACAGUAUUAAGGGGACAGAGAUCGCACCGCGGGUGAGGCACUUGCUGUGCUUACGGCCAAUCCAGGCUCGGCCCUGGCACCCCGUCUGGUCCCCUGGGCACCGCCAGGAGGGAUUCCUGAGUGCAGAGCCAGGAGUCAGCCUUGAGCACUGCCAGGCGUGGCCCCCAAGCAAAAAUAAAAUCCAGCCGCCCGCUUUAUCCCAGUAACCUCUCCCCCGUGAGCGCAGGCCCAGCUUCUAGCCGAGAAGGGCUCCCACGCCGCGCAGAGCAGCGGGGGUGGGGGAGACGGGGUCAGGCGAUGCCCGGUCCGUGCGACCCCAGGGCCGUGGAGCUGGCCUUGUGCACGAAGUUCCGCCCCUCGCAUGAGGGAAGAGGCGUUUCCUUCCCGCUCUCUGGCAGAGUGAAGCCCUGCAGGGACCGACCAGCUCUGUCGGGCUGGGGCGCACACGCCCACCCUGCUGGGACUCGAACCUGCGCCGCAGGGAAACCUUCCAUUUGACUCCAGAGCGACCGCGUCUGCCAUCUGUCGAGAGACAGAACAUCCCUUGCCGACCCCCGAGUCGCCCUGGCCUGCUGGCCCCGCCGGCCCCCGCCGCGAGGAGGAGGGCCGGGAAGCCUGACUUCCGCCUCAGAGCCCAGCAUUGUCCAGGGCGCGGGAAGCAGCUCUCCCGGACAGGCGCCUGGACAGCGGAAACGCCGCCAGGACACUCGUCCCUUGUGGCUGCCGCCUCUGUGGGGCGCCGUGAGCCGUCCAGGGGCGGUCAGCAAGCCCCGCACCGCCGCCUGUGCGUCCCCCCCGUGUGGACCUGGGGGCCUCUUGUGGAGGCGGAUUCCUGGCAAGCCCGAUGUUUCCCUUCCUCCAGAAGGCGCGCGGGGCUUCCCGACACCGCCGGGUCGCCAGGACGUGGCCCCCGAAACAGAAGUGGAGGAAGGAGAGCGCGGGGCUGCCGGGACCGAGCCCUCCCUGCCUUGGCCGCAGGACGGGAGCCCCUCGGUUUGCUGACACGCGUGAGGCCGUGGAGGUGAGGCGGUGGGGGGCGGGACCGAGGCCCGUCAGAAACAGCCGAGGCGCGCUGCCGGGUCGCGCGGGGACCUGUGGUCUCGGCCACCUUCCUGCAGCCCAGGUCAGGCCUGGCCCCGGCCCCUGCGCGCAGGACGGGCCAGCCCCGAAGGGCUCCGUGGAGAUGUGCGGGCUCUGCCGUGGCCUCUGGGGUCCCCGCGUGCCCGCGUCUCCUCGGCUGGGGCUGGCCGUGCCCCCCGCCAGAGCCCACGGCCCUACCCACACAGGCCCCGCCCCGGCCGGGCAGGAGAGGGGGACGGAGGCAGGGCCAGGCCAGGCCGAGGCUGGCCGCCCUCAGGUCCCUGUCACCGCCGGCCUGACCAGGCACCGAGCCCCCGGACCUGCCCACUGGGCCGGACACCGAGGCCUGCUAUGGCCAGUAGCCCUGUCCGGGGAUGAGCAGUGGCCAGUCCCCCUCAGCACCCGGGGCAGCGGCCAGCCGGUGUCCAGAAGCCUCAGAGGGGGGUGGAGGCCGGUGUGUGGGCACCGAGGGGCCCCUCCGUGAGGCUCCGUCUGUCCCCGGUGGCCCCAGCCACAUCCUCCCGCUCACAGCCGCAGGCUCGGCCCGGGCUGGCCCGUGCCACAGGGCUCCGUCCAGACGCUUGCUCCGUCCCUCCCCCGCCCCCUCCGCUGUCCCCCUGCUGUCCCCCGCCUUGCUGUCCCCACGCAAGUGGACGGAGUCCUCCAGGAUGGUCACGCGUCCUUUUCUAGGUGGGACACGUGCGUCUCCCUUGGGGUUGGCAGAAAGUGUGCCAGUUGCCACGGCAGCCGCAACGUCACUGCCGCUGAAACACACUGUCCCUGGGUUCCCAGCAGACGAGUUCCCGGAAACCGGCCCCACUUCAGCCCGCGGCCCGUAAAGCAGAGGCACCUGUGCCCGCGGGCUGGGUGGCCCCAGGUGACACAGCACCUCCAGCACAGCCCCAGGCGCACGCAGGUGGCGUCACUCUAACUGGGGCCAGCAGUGGCCUCCGGGGACGGGUCACUCGUUCUGCGUCCUCGGCGUCUGGCCCCCGGGAGCCCCUCAGCCCGCACCCAGCUCAGCAGAGCAGAUGUGCCAGGGGCCGCCCGAGCCCCUCGAGCCACACGACUCCGGUGGACACGUCCCCCUCUGUCCCCGAGCCUGCGGGACCCGGGAGGGGCCGGUGUGCUGAGCUGGGGUGAGGGGCGGGGGUCUCUGAGAGGCCUGGCAGGAGGGGUCGAGGGCAGGCCCAGAAGGCUCUCCCGCCGCCUGCCCGGUGCCUGUGCGUGUCAGGACACACAGAAGGCCACGGUGCGUGGCUCACCCUGCCGUCCCCCAACGUUCCUGCAGCCUGGGGGCUUGGUGGCACCUCUGCCCCCACUGUAGUCCGGGGCUGUGGCGGGCACUCGGCCUGAAACGGGUUGUCCCUGGUGUGACCGGCGGGUAGGGAGUCAGUAAGCCCUUCCCUGCUCUCCUUGGUGAGUUCACAACAAGACGGAACAUUCGCGGUGCAGCUUGUGAGAGAAAUGGCGGGAAGGCCGGCCAGACCCCUGGGGCAGCCGGAGGGCGUGACGCCCGAGUGCCCAGAGCUCCCUCCCGCCAUGCGACACGGCGCUGGUCCUGCAGGGCAGAAGGAGUCGAGUAGAGACACAGAGAGGCUGCGUCCCUCGGGGGCCAGAGCGGUGGUCCAGAGGGGAGGGUGUCUGCCUGGCACCCCCUGGAACCCCACAUGGCCGCCUGAGCAGAGCCAGGAGUAACCCCUGCGCAUCACCGGCGGUAACCCCGGACAGCCACGUUCCUCGGCCACGGCCACGCCAGCCGGCACUGCAGCCUUUGCUGGCGCCUGGAGGCCGUGGCCCGGGGCUGAAGCCACACCGCCGGGCGCCUGGUGGAGCCGGACUCGGGUGAACCAGACUCGCGGUCCCAGCAGAGAGGAGCGUCCUGGACGAGCUUUGGUGCAGCCCCCAGGCCGCCCAGAGGUGUGAGGACCGCGUCCCUCUGAGGUGCAGGGACUCGGCUCUUGGGAGGAGGAGAAGCAGGAGCCCCAGGGAAGGAGGCGCAGACAGGACGCCCUCAGCCCCUGUCCUGCGGCCACGUGUCCAGCGGAGGGGAGGUGUCUGCCCUGAGGACAGGCUGGGGCGGGCAGGCGGGAAAUGUACACAGUGAAGGGAUGGGUGUUGGAACAUUGUGGCUGAAGUUGUCAUGAGCUACUUUGUAGCGGUGUCUCGUGAGGGUGUAUCAUGGUAAUUCAUUUUAAGAAGAAUAUGAAAAAGAUGACCAAAAUCCAGGGCUGUCUCCGGGCACGUGUGCCCAGGACACGGGCCGUCUCCCAGGGCUCUCUGCGGGCGCGUGUGCCCAGGACACGGGCCGUUUCCCAGGGCUCUCUGCGGGCGCGUGUGCCCAGGCCAGCUGCACCGAGGUGGCCAGCACCGUCCACCCGAGACCCGCCCCGCCCCCAGCCAAGCUGUGCAAGUCUCUGCUUACUGGGCUGCACUUGGAGGUGCUCGGGGCGAGUCCCCGCGGUGCGCUCGGGCCGCUCCUGGCGGGCUCAGGGAACCACACAAGGGCGAAGGGGCAACCGGGCUGCGCUGAGUGCGAGGCUGUGCCGCCUCUCCAGCCCCAGUGGUGAUUCUUUUACCUUCUGGCGUGCCGGGUCCCCGCGGGCACUGCCCCGAGCCCGCUGGCGGUGCUGCCCUCCUGAUGCCCCCCGCAGGGGCGCGGUGCCCCCUGGUCCGAGGUCAGUGCUCCUCUCUCGGCAGCUCGCUGUCCCCUGCUAGGAGCCGUGCUAACUGGGCUCUGGCCACCCCUUGUCUCCCCCGUGCAGUGCUCAUGGCCGUGACGCCCGGGAGGCCCCCAGUUCCCGGGCCGUGUGAAAUUCCCCCGCUGGGCUGCGCAUCCCCCGCUUUGCUCCCCCGUCUGUCACUGUCCCCCAGGCCGCCUCCCCUACGCCUGAUCUGUGGAGUGUGGAAUAAACUACUGUCUGGUGACCGG